CUCCGGGGUCUUUGUUUGAAAAGAAGACAUUUAGAGGUUUGCAUUUCUAACCAGCUUAUGUCCGUCCAAAGGACCAUUCUGAGUUGCAGGAAUAUAUGAAUUCAUUCUAUGAGCUGGAGUCUGACCUUGUCAGUUCAGAGAUUUUGCUUUGCCCUAGAAGAAUGCGUAAGGGGAUGGCUAGCUAGGAAACUGCAGGACAGAUGCCUCCUGGAGGGCGGGGCAAACACCAUUUACCCUCCACUGUUAAGGAACCUGGCACCCCAUUUUUUCCUCAGCAGGAGCAAACUUUGUUUUUAUUUUAUUGAGAAACUGAGACCAAGUGGACUGUCUAAAGUCAUAGAGUUUGCGAGCGAGUUGCACUCAAGUCCUUAGGACUGAUUGAUGUGUGCAGUGGUCUGACCAGGGUCCUGGUCCUUGCCAGAUGCCGGUGCAGGAGACUUUGAACAGCUUCUACUCUCUGACCACGCAGGGACAUAGUCUUCCGGAGAACACCCAAGCACUCCUUUAGUGUAGGUCCCAGGCACACAGGGCUGUUCCAGAGAGAGCCCUGCAGUCCCUAGUGGGCUGGCUUGUGACUCGGCGGGCCGGCCGGGCCGGAGCAUUACAUAACCUGGAGGCGCCCCUCCUCCGUGGCCGAGCCCCCAGCGCAGAGCGGAUCCGGGGACAAGGCCUGUCUGGCAGCAGGGCAGAGUCACCCUCGGGGCUGGCGUCACUGAGAGCCUUGGUUCUCCGGGGCGGGGCGGUGGGAUCUCCUCAGUGACAGUGUCCGGCGGGCUCUGCCUGUGGCCCCGGCCCCUACGGCGCCUCCGCCCCGUGCGCACCCCGCCCCUCGGCCGGACGGGACUCCAGGGGCCGUGGGAAGGGGCCGCCGUGCAGGGGGCAUGUGGGCUCACCGUCGCCAGCUCUGCAGCUGUCCCCGCGAGAUGGGCAGUAAUCCCUGUGCCAGGUAGCAUCCUGAACCAACUUUGAGUAUCAACAGGAAGUUGCUGGGUAGCAACCACUGAGGAUCCUAACUUACUGCUGCAGUGACCUGGAAAGAGAAGAAAACCAAAAUUGCAACCAUGACGAAGAUAACUAGAGUUGGUUCCGCAUCCCCUCCAGAUGGGGGCUGGGGAUGGAUGAUUGUGGCUGGCUGCUUUCUUGUUACCAUCUGCACCCGGGCAGUCACCAGGUGUAUCUCCAUAUUUUUUGUGGAGUUUCAGACGUACUUUGCUCAGGAUUAUUCCCAAACAGCAUGGAUCCAUUCCAUUGUAGACUGCAUGACAAUGCUCUGUGCUCCGCUUGGGAGUGUUGUCAGUAACCAAUUAUCCUGUCAAGCGGGGAUCAUGCUGGGUGGCUUGCUGGCAUCUACUGGUCUCAUCCUGGGCUCAUUUGCCACCAGCUUGAAGCACCUCUACCUCAGUCUGGGAGUUCUCACAGGUCUUGGAUUUGCACUUUGUUACUCCCCCGCAAUUGCCAUGGUGGGCAAGUACUUCAGCAGGCGGAAAGCCUUCGCUUACGGGAUUGCCAUGUCAGGCAGUGGCAUUGGUACCUUCAUCCUGGCCCCCGUGGUUCAGCUCCUCAUUGAACAGUUCUCCUGGCGAGGAGCACUGCUCAUUCUUGGUGGGUUCGUUCUGAAUCUCUGCGUCUGCGGCGCGCUGAUGCGUCCGAUUACCCUCAAAGAGGACCCGUCAGGCCCAGAGAAGAAUCACGACCGUGACGCUCAGAGAGAAGACUGUAAUCAGGCAUCUCCCUAUUCACCUUUGACCAAAGAAUGGACAGAGACCCGUCUUUGCUGCUCUUUGCAGCAAGGAUACGGCUUUUUACUGAUGUCAGACUUUGUCGUGUUGGCUGUCUCUGUUCUGUUCAUGGCCUACGGCUGCAGCCCUCUCUUUGUGUACCUGGUGCCUUAUGCUUUGAGUGUCGGAGUGAGUCACCAUCAAGCUGCUUUCCUCAUGUCCAUCCUCGGGGUGAUUGAUAUUGUCGGCAACAUCACAUUUGGCUGGCUAACUGACAGAAGGUGUCUGAAGAAUUACCGAUAUGUUUGCUACCUCUUUGCUGUGGCACUAGAUGGGCUGUGCUAUCUGUGUCUCCCAAUGCUUCAAAGCUUCCCCCUUCUUGUGCCUUUCUCUUGUACCUUUGGCUACUUUGAUGGAGCCUACGUUACCUUGAUCCCAGUAGUGACCGCAGAGAUAGUAGGGACCACCUCUUUGUCAUCAGCACUUGGCGUGGUCUACUUCCUCCAUGCAGUGCCAUACUUGGUGAGCCCACCCAUUGCAGGAUGGCUGGUGGACACGAUGGGCAGCUAUACUGCAGCCUUCCUUCUUUGUGGAUUUGCCAUGAUAUUUAGUUCCAUCCUGCUUGGCUUUGCCAAAAUUGCAAAAAGAAUGAAAAGAACACAGGUGCCUUUCCUGGUCAAAGACUCAGAUCCCAAGCUGCAUCUGUGGACCAAUGGAUCAGUGGCCUACUCUAUAGCGAGGGAGUUAGAUCAGAAAGAUGAGGAAUCCCUGGCUAAAGCUAGGACUGGUUGCAAUCUCACAUGACCUGUGUGGCCUUGUCCUGGGAAUCUGCAAGGCUGGUGGACACCAGGCCACCAGGUUGUUCACAGUCUGGAAAUAUUUUAUUUUGACAGAGUAUCACCUCCCAAGUAAAUUAUUAAUACUGUUUUGUUAACAUAUUUAUAUGGGGACAAUAAUGAGCAACAAAGAAAUCUGGAGUUAGCCUGGAGUUUUCUCAUUCAGGAUUUGUACUCACUACAAACUUAGCUCCGGGAGAAGGGCAGGACACAGUUGACAGGGUCAGUUGUAUUUCAGGACAACUCUAAGCAGAGGCCACUGUGAAGAGUUUUCAUAAAAUCUGCCCCACCCCCUCAUUCUGAACAGAAGCAGGGUGGAUGUGCUGGCAGUGGGGAUACAGAGGUGACUUGAGAACAGAGCGCCUCAAUGUUUAGAGUGGCAAAGAAAUUCUUGAGACUCUUUGAAAGGCAAUGAUUAAUUAAUGUACAACAGACACUCUCUUAUCCAUUUCCCAGCCAACCAGUAACCAGUGCUCUUCCAAUGGGUAGCCAUCACUUUGAGAGACUCAACAGUCAUCAAACACUAUGGCUGGAACAGACUUUAGAGAGUGGCUGGUGGUGAUACUUUAUUUGUAAGUGUCUUGUUGAAACAGAAGCUCUUUUCUUCAGACUGCCCCCCCCCGACCCUCGACACUCACCCUGUCACUACUGCAUACUGACUCUAAAUGUAACACAACUCGUUCAAUGUUGGGACAACUGCUACGUCUUUCCUGAAGUGAUUGUAAUACCCCAGGAAUCCUCAGCUUUUUCUUCUCUUUGAAAAAAUAAAGGUUCUAAUUUGAACUUUAGGCACAUUCCUUUUAGGAAUAGAAAAAUGUUGAUAGUAUUCCAGUUGAGCAGUAAUUGAAUUCCUGAGUCAGCAGUCGUUAGAGUCAUCAUUAUCCAAAAGAGGGGUUGGGGGUUGUCUUAUCACACAAAUGUUCUAAAGAUGGCCUUUUGAGCUCACCAUAUCCCUUGUUGGAUCAUAGUUAUAAAUCUGACUCAUUGGCUUAGAAGUGUCUGCUCCUUCUCGGAGGCCAGACUUUGCAGGGACAUGAAAUCCUUUCUGAAUUUUCAUAGCAGAGAAGAGUACAAAAAAGAAGAAAGGUGGGGCCACAUCUUAUCCACAGCUGUUUUAAAAUCCACACAAUUAAGAGUCCUGAAUCCCCAAUCAGGUACCAUUUGCAAAGAAGGACAAGUCAUAUAAUAAAAGGGGGAUGUUUUUAAUUGUUCAAGAGUUUAAAUGCAAGUCACAAGGAAAUGUUGUGAUCUCAAUGGCCAUUUAACCUACUGUCCCCAAGAAGCCUCAGAGUGGCUUUUGCCAGACAUGGCCCUGGGAGAAAUAACAAAGCAUUGAGGGAUGACUGAGGUGGCUGAGUAUGUUUGUGUUGCUAUACUGCUUUCAUAAUGAGAUACUGGCUUGAUUCGAUGGAGAGAUCGGCACUACUCACAUUGUAGUUUUUCACAGAAAAAUGUGAGUGUUCUGUCUUUACUCAGUCUGGGACUUUAGUUUUGAAUCCAUUCACUGUGUUAUUUGCAAUUUUAAAAAUACUUUGAGGAGAUCUGUAAAAAUUCAAAGUCAAAAUUGAAUACUCAAAAUAUAUUCAAGAUGAAAUACUUGUUUUGGAAUAGCACUUUACCCUAAAUGUCAUUUUUAAUCAUAAAAAUGCUUUUUCUUAAAAAAGUAAGUACUCUUAUUUGUAUGUUUUUAAAGCAUUGAUUGUAAAUUUUGUUUGUGUGAUUCUAUAAUAUAGUUUCUCUAUUGUGUUUAUAAAAAACUAGGAUAAUGAUCAAAGGUUUUUAAACUUAUAUAAAACAUUUUAGAUCUUUUGACUUUAUACGUGCAAUAAAUUUGCAUUCUAACUUUCUUGGGAAAACAUUUUUGAAGAACCAGUAAGAAAAACUGUAGAUCUUACAGUUUACAGUUUGGUCACCUGCACAACAUGUUACUAAAACAUUUUCUCCAUGUAUUUAAACAGUUGGUUCCAAAGCUAAGGAAUUCAUAGGAAUGGGGCAUUUUGUGGAGUCAAGAAUAAACCAGUAGAGAAAUGAUUUUAUGCCUUAAAUAUUUGUUCACCCAACGUAAGUUCACCUUUGUAACUAAAUAGGAAAACAAGACAGAAUCUGAAUUUUCAAUGUGGUAUUUUUUUCUGUUGCUUAAAUUAGAAUUCUACUAAUGAAUCAGAUGUGUAGGCUAAUGUUUUCCUAGUUCAAAGGCAAAAUAAAAUGGAUUUAUAUUCACA